UUAACAGUUUUCUAACAUUAUCCUUCGUUAAAUGCACAAAAAUUGCACGUCCAUCUCAUAAUUCCUCUCUUGCAUGCAGCCUUAAUUUGAAAAGGACAUGGAUUCUAGACCAGAUACAUUUAAUGAGUCUGUUUCAUCAAUAUUAGAACGUAAAGUUCGAGGGUGGCUAAGUGGAGUAAUAGACGAUAUGAGACGCAGCAGUCCAGUUCAGCAAUGGCUAGAUUCCCUGCCAGCUGAUUCAGAGACUCCAAACCAAAGUGAUCCUGAAAUUGUUGUAGACCAUGACUCUAAUGCCCAAGAACUAGUACAAGAUUUAGACACAAAGUCUGAUGAAAAUAAAGCAGAUGAUUCUAUAACAGAAAAUACAGUAAUAGAAACCAAUCAAGAAAUUAUACAUGAUGACAAAAAUUUAGAUGUUCCUGGCCAAAGAGAUGGAUGGAAGCGGAAAUCUUUGGAGAGUGGGACCCUUACAAGUAAUCCACAAUUAAGAAAUGUUAAAAAGAAACUGCAAAGAGACCACUCAGUACAAUCAGAAGGUUACACACGUAGAUUUAAAAACCCAUUAUUUAGAGAUCAUUCACUACAGUCAGAUGCUAGUGGAUCAAGUGGCAGUUCAGUCUUAAAUGUUUUGGGGGCUAGGAAAGUAGAUGCUGAAUCAGUACUACUAGCACUCGGAUUUGGACCAAGUGAAAAACAACAGAAAUUACAAAGAAUACCAGAUAGAUUUUUAGUGCCAUCAAAACUUAAAGGUAUAAGUACAGAUAAGUUUAUCAAAGAUGAGCAACAUUCAAUGCGAAUGCAUGAUUGUGGAGUCUUUGGGUACAGAGGUCUUACAGAACACUGUACACCUGUUUGCCGCUUUAUGAAACCUUUACCAUCGAGGUGUAAUAGAUCAUAUCAACUUCCAGAGAUCGAAGUCCAGGAAUCCUCAUGUUCCACCGUCGACAAUUGUAGCUAAAAUAAUGGAUUGUAUCCUUCAAGACGACGUAUGUCGCGAGGAGGCGUUGAUGAAAACGCGCCAUUCCAUUGCGGACCUGCGCAACCCGGCCGCGAUACACGCUCAUCUGACAUCUCGACUAAGGAGUACUUGACUUGUGCUAUCCUUCAGUCGUGUAGAUUGUGUUUGUAAUAUCCGUGUGUUGGUUCUGUUUAAGCAGAAGCUAGUUCCGAUAGAGCAAAUAUAAUUCACAUUAGUUUCGGAGGAGUAUAAUUACUUUCUUUUAUGUAUUGAUUUUUGAUAUUAAUUAACAGUCAAAAGGUACAAUUCGAAGGCAAGGAAAAUUUCUUCAUAAAACUAAAUUAUUCUAUUUAAAGUAGGCUUAUUUUAAAACGAAUAAAAUCGAUUUAACUUUUAUGAUUAUUAAAAUUAAAUAAAAACUCAGGUUUGAAAAUUUCGCCCGCGUCAUUUAGAGGAUUAUUACUCUGUAAACUGAAUGUAAAGGAGAGAGAUAGAUAACGCGAGUUCAAUUUACGCGCUACAAAAUUCGAUCCGUUCUUAAUCUCCUUCGCUACUGCGAAUUAAUUUACUAAUAAAAAUUAUAGAAAAAAAUCUCAUUUCUCUAUAGUGAACUAUUAAAAUUCCAGCUGAGUGACGAGACGUGGUUGUGAGAAGAAAGGUUAGUUGUGUAAAUAUAAUAUGCUUUAAUGUAUCGUAUUAAAUAGUAAUUAUGAAAGCAAGUAAACUCUGCUCGAUGAAUUGUCCAUUGCAUCUUUGGCUUAGAACAAGAAAUAUGUGAUGAUUUGUUGAUACGCAAUGUAAUAAAACGCAAUCUAUAGUCAUAUGUGCAAAUAGGCGGUUUGAUUAUCUUAAAUCAAUGAGUGAUCGACAUUCGAAUUUAAUAUUGCCAUAGUAAUCCAUUGAUGUUUCUGAUCUAUGGAUAAAUAUUGUUAUUGUUUAAUAAUUUUGUAAAAUUGCCCAUGAAAUUAAAAAUAAACAAUCGACGGAACUGUAUACGACGAGAUAUAAUAAUUUAUAAGACUUUUUAUAGUUCUUUCUUAAAAUUAUCUUUUUAAAUUUCUAAUCUUUCUUAUGACGCUGGUGAAAUUGACUUAGAAAACUGACUUUACAAAAACUCAAGACGAUUAAUAAACGUAAAUAAUAUACUGCUAACCUUUUAUCAAAUAAUAUUGUUAUUAGAGUAAAUUAAUUAUACUUAAUGGUAUUGACUUAAAAAAGCAAUAUAUGAUACUUAUUAUACAAAUCGGAAUAAUUAAAUAAAUAAAAUCAUAUUAAUAAAGUAUGACGAAUGCACAAUUUUAUUUGAAAUUUAAUAUUAUAUUUUACAUAUUUGUACUUUAUUCUAGUAAAACAAAUUAAUUAUAUAUGUAUAAUAAAAUGCAAAGAUACAUUUAGUACAACCCGUGGCAUUAAAGAAACUAAUAAAAAAAUGGCGAUUUCAUUUUAAAGAUAGUAUAAUCAAAAAAAAUUAAAAGUUACAAUUGAAGUAUAAAGACGUUUCUAUUAAUUACUUGCGGCCAUUUAUGCGAGUUUUUAAUAAUGUGCAAUAAAAAUAGAAAUCUUUAACAGAAUUUAAGAAAAUUCUAAUAAAUACGUUCAAACUGUUUGCGUCAAGAUGAAUUCAGACUGAAUAGUUGAGUUAAAUACUGAUAAUUGAUAUGUAUGUAGUAACAUAGCACUUGAGUAUAGACAGGGAUAUCGUAGGGGUGAGAGCGAGUUAUAAGUCCCGCUAGUUUUAUUGUUUUCAUUAAUGUCACGUGUACAUGGUAGUAGUAAUUAUAUCAAUAUACUUAAUUAAGGAGGGUACUCACUAAAGGAAUUUGUGUGUAAUAUAAUAUAACAAAUUACCUGAGUGUAUCGCGAUUUUUAUUUUAUACCGAUAAUAGAGCCCAAGUGCGUGACUUCGCGUUUAAAGCGCGCAAAAGGAAGGCCUCUGCUUGAGACAAGAACGCCUCUGGCAAAAUUGAAUUUGGCGUCCCUAUUGGUAAUGUACGAGCGAAACAAAUCCAUUACUUAGAGUUCGACAGAAAUGUUGUGUAUGUGUAAUCACCCUAUCGAAAUGAAGUGCACAUUUUAUUUGAUUUGUACGAGCAUAAUAUUUUAUUUGCGAGUCGCAGCGGCCUGGUGGCCGAUGGUCUGUAAAGCGUUCCACCCAUUAUAGAACUGGCCAUCCCCUAGCUACUACUACAUUACUAUGGCAAAAUGUGUCUUAAAAAUAAAAUCAAACGAUCAUAAACUGUUACAUUACAUGCAAACUACUCAUGGUGAGUGUCCCCUUUUAUUUAAUAUAAGGUAUGAAAAGACAUGAUGUAGUUCCUAAAUCGUUAAUACAUAUCUGUAAUUUAGCAAUGAUUACAUCAGAAUUAUACAAUUUAAUCAUUGAUUACUAUUAAUAGACUAGUUACUUAUGUGAGCAUAAUUUACAAGAAAGUUAAUAUUUUACGUAUUAUUAUUAUUAUUUUAUGAUAAAAGAUAAUAUAUAAUACUUUUAUUACAUAAGUAGUCGUUUAAAUUUUGAAGGAAAUUAAUACAGAUUAGUACAUAAUAUAGAAUUACAUUUUUAUAUGCUUUCUUUUUAUGAUUAAAAUAAAAAAGUGAGUUUUAGGUUAAUAAAAAUGUUUGUUAGUUUAUAGUUUAUGAAGUUAAAAAACAAUCGUAAUUAUCAACGUUAUCCAUGUAUAUGUCCAAUUAAAAUUUUAUAAAAAAAUAUGUACCUAGUAUAAUUAGUACUAGCCAGAAAUACCUGUUUUUGACAAAGACUACUAAGAGUACUUAUUCAAGUGACUUAAAAUAAUCCUUAAAAGUGACUUAAAACUAUUCAUGUUUAAAUUUGUAAUCUGUGUUUGAAAGUACUACAUAAAACAAAACUGACAUCCAUAGCAGUUAUAAAACGACAGUAUAAUUGUUUGAUACGAAUAAUAUAAUAGACUGAUAUUAAAAAAAUACAUUAUACAAUUUUUAUUGAACUGAACUGAAAAAACUUAAAAAAAUAUAUUGGACCCAAACCAGGGAAUAACGACAUACAUAGCUACAUAUGUUUUUUUUUUUUCAAGUCAUAUUUCUAUCCAAUUUAACAGUAUAAUAGUUUGUAGUUUAAAUAUAAAUGUACGUCUUGUUGAGCCUUAAGAGUUUUAUGUUGAUUUGUAAAUAAUAAUAAAAAAUAUAUUCAAGAUUUACUAAUAUCCAUUUAAAAAUUUUAAUAUUCUCUACAGUUUAUAACGGAUAUUUGGCUGUGCUUAGUAAAAGUCAUUUCUAAUGAUUACUAAAUGUAUGUAGGUAGGUGUAUUAUUAAUUAUGUUAUUGUAUAAGUUUUAUAAUUCUUUAACAUGUCUUUUAGCAUUUUCAGUUAUAUUCUAAAUCUUCUCUAGUUAUUUUUGAUUCUUAAUCUUUUCUUCAAUUGGAAUAAAUAAAUAACAAUUUAUUAUUUAAAUAUAUUUCUAAUGAAACUUGUAUUAACUUAUAUGUUUGUAAAGACUAUAAUACAAAGCCCGCCCGAGAAAUUUUCUGUGUAUUAGGGCUAGGGUUUCAUAUUUUUUUUAUUUUUUUAUUUAGAUGUUUUGAAAUGAAGUAGUUCUUUAAUUAAAUUCUAUUGACAGUGAUCUUGGGUUGAUUAGCUAUUUUUUCUCUACUAUCGAAAUAAGCAUAUAAUUUUACUUUAAAAUUAACAAUUUAGUUGCGCCCAUUCAAUAUAGUCUGGGUCAGUUUUCAAUAAUUCACAAUCCUAUCUAACCUCACCUGUGCCUUACCUACUUGUAAUAUCAUAGUGAAUUUGCCUAAUAUGUUUUGAAAUAGUAAACAAUGCAUUUAUUUUUCGUCUAUGAUAUGAUUAAAGAAUGAAUUAAAUAAAAAA